AUGUCUACCGAGCCUCAAGAAAAGGUUACAGGAAAAGAUCAGCCUCCAUCCUAUAUAUCACCACCUCCACUUGAGGUGACCUGGGACUUUCGAUGUCUGGAGAGCCUCAGAGCCCGCCAAGAAGGCUCAUCAAUCGCGGUGGAGCUUGGCCAAUUCCUCCCUGGCAAGUUUGGGGGCGGCAAAAUCAACUUUGCAAUGAUAUCCAACCCUGCUGUGGUUAGAGAAUCAUGGUGGGAAGCGAGUGUGGAUGUCAGCGUCAAGAGCUUGCCCAAGUCGAUGAGGGAAGGGUGGUCUUGGUCCGAAGACAACAUCGACAGAGCUGGGGGUCAGCUGAUCAUCAAAUCGACCGACCUUAACCAAGUCAUACAACAGGCCGGCUGGCGCUGCGGUCGUAGAUACAAGCUUGUUGACCGGGCUGAGGAUCCUCAGUGGGAGGCAGUUGUUUGGAUCUACGCCAAGGACCUGCAAAGUUUAUCCUGCGUUAAACUGGAGCAGCUCCCCCAUGAGAAGGCGACAGCGACGUGGGCAACAAACGAGAAUAACCGCCUGGCCUAUGUAUUCCACCGAAAAUCUACCCACCUAAAUUUCAACGCCAUCUAUGAUGAGAUGCCAUUGACUGGUUGGUGGCCUUGGCCGCGAGCUGAUGGGUCUCGCCUCUAG